AAUUUCAGUCCGGAAAAUGGCACUUUACGGUAUCCUCGUACUUUACAGUACCCUUAAAUUCUCCCAAUCCCGUUAGAAAUAAUUAGAAAUUCAAUUAACAUCAAUAACUAAACUUUUAUUCUAAUUUUUGAAUGUUAACAGUAAUGGUGCAACUACUGUUACCAGAAAAAAUUAUUAUAGGAAUUACUGGAUGUACUUCUUUAUUUUUAAUAAUGCUGGAAGAUGUGUGGUUUUGGUUUAACACUUGUACAAAAAUUUCACCCCCUUGUAUCAUUCUUGCUAUUUUCUUUUUGCACUCGACGGAUUCUUUCACCAUUUUUCUGCCACUGAUGAACUCUUCCAUCAGUAUGUCGUUUUAAAACAUUGAUAUCAGGUCCAACGUUGACGAAGUCAGCAAUUUUUUUAGGUGCCCUGCCAACAGUGUGUAUUCCAGCUCUUUGGCCUCGCAUUUUCCUUGUCUGUAGCGUACUAAAAGUGCUUUUAGUGAAAGGUGCUUUCCAAAUUUUUAUAUUUUCUGAACACAUCCAAAUAUUGCACAGCAUUGCUGUUGAUCGCAGUAAAAACCCGUCGAGCAUGUGUUUUUUGUGAUUAAUACAAACCACUAACUGAUAACCAGUAUCCUCUACAUCGUCUACUUCUAAAUUUCUUCCCUUCGACAACCUCCGGCAAUGCUAAUUAAUGCGAUAACUUUUCCUAGUAAAUAGUCUUUGUCUGGGGCAUCCCUUAUAAAUGUUUCAACUUCUUCCUUUGUAGCACCUUCGACUGUUUUAGAUGGUCUACACUUUAAGUUUUUUUUUAAAGCUGUUAACUUGAAAUAACGGGAAAUGUUGACAUUCUUAUUAACCAUAAUCAUUGAUUAGACCAUGGAGAAUUUAGACCAUAAUGAAGAGCUAUUUGAUGUUUUUGACUGAAAAUUUGAGGACUGUUCUUACCACAUCAAAAAAAUUAGCCAACAUCACAUUUUCGUCGGCACUUUUUACAUCGUAUUUUUCACGCCAGUCGCAAAACAUGGCAUAUUCUUGUUCGAACCUUUUUGACGACUUGGAAUAAUUUGCCCUACUGCUUUUGCACUUUUCUCAGCAAUUUUAUUUGAAUUAUCAGCAAGUCUUUCGGAAAAUAUUUCACCGACAUAACGUAAAUACUAUUGUAAAAUUGUUUCCAGAAAAAAAUUUGUAGCUGACAAAUCGUAGAAAAUUUAAUUAGAAUAACAUUUCUCUCCUUAACAAUUUUGAUAAGUUAACAGUUUUUAAGAUAAAUGAGAAAUAAUGAUACACGACACGAGUUUGUUCAGUGUGAAUAUCAGUAACGGUUCCAAAAAUUCCAACUUAAGAAGCAACGUAUAUUAGGGAGAGCAAGAAAUCAAUAAUUAAAAAGCAGAUAUAAAACAAUGAAAUUUUUUCUAUUCGGAAUAUUAUCAACUAUUGUAUGAAAAAUUGAAGAAAAUAAUUUGUCUUAUAUUUUUUUAAUAUAUUUUUCAUGGGUCAAAAGUACCCAAAUUCGAGAUUUUUCGAACCCUUAAAAGGUAAAUAUCUCUAAAAAUAUUAACUUUAACGUGAAAAGUCGUAGGACCUUUUUAAUUUGUAUUUCAAUAAAGAAUAUAAAAAAAAUUCCGGUUAAAAAAUAACAAUUCCUUGCAAUUGUUUGAACAAUUUCGGCUUAAACAAUAUGGCACGUGGUUGCCCUAUGGUAACAUUCAUUUAUUUCAUCAGUAGGGCAAUUUGAAGAGGAUCGCAUAAAAUAAUUGACGUGUAAUAGUUUUCGGUACUCACCAAUUUUUCCUGGACUAACAAUUUUUCGAUAAUUGUUUUGUAUUCAAAGGUGUACAUCGUAUUCUAUGUAAUGUAAAUGAUUAGAUAUAGUAUUAGUAAGUGUUCUUGAGAUAUUUAGCUUAGUAUAGCUGUACCGGCUUUAUUUAUUGAUGAAAAGAUUCUUCUAAUAGAGAAUGAAUUUUUAUUGAAUUCGAUAUACUUAGAAACUAUAUAUAUUUGUCGUUCACUUGGACCUAUAAUUUUACAGACAACCAGUAUCGGUGAACAAAUUAUGGUUUUAAUUCAUAACUUGAACUAAUUUACGUAUUUGGAACACUCAGUAUUUGUUGGGAAUUUUUUAUUUACAUAACUAAUUAUAUUAUAGUCGAAGAGCACAAUGUAUCAUAUCUAGAUUUUAGUUUCAUGAUAGUUUUUUGCUGACGUGGCAAUCAGAUCCCACAGUGAGACCAACAAUUUUAAAACUAAAAAAAUUAAAAAAAAAAGUCAAUUAAUAUAUUAAAUGAAUGUGAUCCCUCACCUCCCAAAUAGCAUGUAGUAGUAAUAGAAAAUCAUCUUGAUACUGUCGUGGAAAGUACGACAAGAAUAUUUUGUCCAAAAAAAUCGAGUGGCGUUAAAUGUGGAGAUUUCAUUGGGCGAAUUUGAUGUAGGGUAAGUAUUUUUGUCAUUUUUUCUACUGAUGUGCAUCAUUCCAUUGCUACUGUCUGCCUCAAUUUUGUGUCUACUUUAAUCCGUGAUAGAAGUAUACAAUGGUACUAAGAAAAUCUACUUAUUCUGUUAGAUAUAUAAUGGAUUCCGUUGAACUGGGCAAUUUAUCAAAUGUUAUAUUGUUUAAUAUUUGAAUUUUAAUUCAACGAAGGUAAUAAAGCAAAGGAUUAGAUGUAAUUGAAAUUAGUUGGAGCCUAUCCUUAAAUUUACCUAUUAAUCGACUCAAACAAAAAGAACUACAUAGAAAAUUGAGAUUGACUUAAACAUUCUUGAUUUUAAAAAGGAGAUGAAGGCAUAAUAUUUUUAAUCAAAGUUAAAAUAAUGUCUUCCUUUUGACAAUUCCUGUUAUUUAUUCAAGCUAGAAUUAAGUAUAAUAAUGUUAGAACAAAUAGUAGUCCUAAAAUGUGCGUCUUCUGAAUAAAAUUAAUCUUUGAAGAUCAAUUAUUACUUUCAAUUUAAUAAUUCUUACAAACUAACUACUUAAACUCUCAGAUCCAUUCUCUGAUGUCUCCUAGUUGAUUCUAAUAGCUACCGUAUUUCAUUGUGCUCUGCUAUGACCUGAGAGAGUAAGCUGAGAUGCUACAAGGUCUAAUAACUUAGUUCCUUUCAAUCUUAGUACUGCUUGUUGAUGGUUUAGGAGCUACAAGGCUUCAGUAUUUUCAUGUAGAUGUAGUCUGGCUUUGUGCUUAUCAGCAAAUCUUUCUAUUCUAUCUUUAUCUGUUGGAUACCUAAAUCUCUGCGAAGAUCCUUGUUAUGUCUGUAACGGGGGGUCUUUAUUAUAUUGCGUUAUAAUUUGUUGUGAAAAGAUUUGAUUGUUGAUGUGUACCCUCACAGAUCGAAUUAGAGGCAUACCGGUUUUAGUAUUUGUGUAUUGAAAUUUUGUUUUAAACCGAUAACUUAGAAUGUUGGCCUAAUAACCAGUAGUAACGAUUAUAGUGUAUUACUAGUUCUAGAUGUUUUCUUUUCACAUGCUCUUUCCAUCUAAGUCAUAACUUUUAAAGUUAUGCCCAAAUAUUUCUCACUCUUGUGAGUUAGUAAUUAUUACAUAGUUUAUUAAUGAAAUCUACAUGUAAAGAUUUCUGAAUGCCUGAUCUUUCAAUCAAGAAUCGAUGAAACAAUUAAAUUGUUCUGCCAUUGAUUCAUUUUGAUUUUAUGUUACAUUUAGUAAUGGAGUGUCAUCUGCGACAUUAACUAUUACUAUUCCUUCUACAUCUGCAAUAUCAUGUGGCGAGAAAUGUUGAAAAUGUGUCCUAAAAUAUUUUCACGCGAAAGCUAAUUGCCAUUUGUUUUAAUUCUGAGUAUCAGUUAUCCUGUUUUGAUUAGAUUAGAUGAGCUAGGGCGUAAGGUCAUGAAUUUACCUCGAUAACACUUUGACUUGUUAAUCUAUUGUGUACUCCGGACUAUUCACCAGUUCGAAAACAUCUACUUUGCAAAGUGAGUUACCUGUCUGGAGGCUAUGCUUACUUACCUCUUCUGGCUUUGAAAAGCCGAAUGUAAGUACCAUAGUUUUUGUCCUUCAGAUGGUAGUUCACCAGACAGGGUCCAGUAAGAAUACCAGUAUCUCCUUAGCUCGUCUUUGUUCAAUGAAAGGGCCUUUUCAGACCAAUUUGUGGAAUAGGAAAGAAAUCUUCUCGAUCGUUUCAGACCUUCUCGUUUUCCUAGUUCUUUAAGACCAUGACUUGAUGUCUUUUUGUGAAACCUAUGCAAGGUGGUGGUCCUAUGAAAGAAUUGUCCAGCCUUUUCUCCAGAUGAUCGGCUUGUUUAUUGCUGUAUGUUCCGGGGAGGCAAUGUACCCACAUAAAACUAAUUUUACUAUUUACUCCCAAUGAUUUCAAAGAUUAGAUGCAGUUCCACACUAGCUUUAACUCAAUUUUAUAAGAGUCAAGUGCUUCUAGAGAUACUCUGUUAUAUGAUAGGAUGAAUAUCUUUGUAUUGUUAUAGUAACGUUGUGCGCAACAAGCUGUGCUUGUAAUGAUAUUGCGGAAGAAUCCUCUUUAAUACUGAGCAAUCUAUUUGAAAUAUAUGUUGAAAAUAUUACUGGAUAUUGUGUUAACUACAUUUUAUUUCGUAGCAGCCUAUUGGCAUGUACCACAUCUGAAAAUACUGUCGAGCAAUUUUGUUUCUCAUCUAUUAUAUCGGUAUUACGAUGUUCCUGAUCUAUUGUAGAGUUUUUUGACUGAUGGGUAUUGCCAUAUCUUUUCUGGCUAGUUUGUUGAUAAUUACGUACCCUAUAAACGCGUAGUAUAUUAUUCCUGGCUAGUUUUAGAAAACUACUUUUAAUCAUAUGGGACAAAGUGGAAGGUGACAUGAAAUUAACUAUCCCAAUGUCUUAUAAUCAUCUCCAAAAUGGGAACUCAUUCAUAGAAACGAUUCAAUAGUUAUUUUAUAACAUGUACCUCCAUAUUCAGUUUUAAAAAAGUGUACAUAUAAAUCAGGUCUAUAAAUUAAUGUUCAUAGUUCUGAACCAACUUGUAUAAAAAUAGGCUAAAUUUGUUGCUAUACUGCUUAUAUGAGCUACUUCUAAACUUAAUAUUCUGAUAUUUUAAUCUCAAGAAGGAUUUUUGUAACUUUUUUAUCAUUUUCAGUUAACGGAACGAAAACGUGUUUCAAUUUUGACAAAUUAGGACACACAUCAGUACCAAUACUUUCAACGUGUUUAUUCUCAUAGUUAAAUUAGCAGUAAAUACAUAUCUAAUUGAAAGUUUAUUGAAGGAGAAAAAUUAAUGACAUCGGUUUAUUUGAAGGAAUCAAAAACUUUUCCAUAUUUUAGAGAGUUAGAGAUCUAACUGACUAGAAGCAAAUGUCAAAUGAAACACGAAUACAAGUAAUAGUGAAACAGAAAUUGCAUUAUUAAGAAGUUGGUUAAAGUGGCAAUAAAAAUUUUGACAAAACAUUCUUCUCAACUUUUUUGAUAAUUAUUAAACGUAUUAGUCAAUGUCGUAAUGAUAUUUAUCCCAAAGCCAUUAUGGAGCAGACUUGGUAAGUCUUUAACAAUUCAAAUUCUACAUUUUCCACAAUAGCUCUGCUUAGAAAAUUUCCCAAAAUUAUUACACAGACUAAGAGGAAAAAUAUGUCAAUAACAUGAAUUCGUCUCCUGCUUUUGUUGCAAAGUUAAAAGAGCUUCAACUAAACAUUCCCGUUGACAAAAAGUUAUCAUUCAGAUAUUAAAUAUUCGGAAUAUAAAUAUCGAUUUUCUACUAGUGCUAAUUACGACUCUGGGUUAUUCUAAUUGCUUGGUUUCGAUUCAUAUCCUUGCUGUGUGUGAUAUUCUCAUCUCUAUAAUCUGUAGGGAAGAAUGAAUCCGCAUCGUUCAGUUAUCACUUGGAUAAGUUCCCACGAUCGAACAAUUGGAUUAACUUUUGGCACACUAAAAGACCUGACUGGCAUGGCGUGACAAAAAGGUAGAGUAGUGCAGCGAGCUAACUCAGAUACAUACAUGUUUACCUACUCAUUACACAUCUCGUUGUGUUAAUUUAUCUUUAAAUUUUCAAGAAGAACAUUUAAAUAUGUCAUUCUAAAUAAUACGUGUUUCUAUUCUGUGUUCUCAUUUGGAGAAGAUAGAAAAUUGAAUUGGGGGUUUAGGGCAGGUUGAAAGAAGUGAAGUUAUGGGGAAACAGAAUAGUAAAUUGAAACCGGAAGUUCUGGAAGAUCUCAAACAAAACACAGAAUUUUCAGAUGCUGAAAUCCAAGAAUGGUAUAAAGGAUUUUUAAAAGACUGUCCGAGCGGUCAUCUCUCUGUAGAUGAAUUUAAAAAGAUAUACGGUAACUUCUUUCCAUAUGGCGACGCCUCCAAAUUCGCCGAGCACGUUUUCCGCACAUUCGAUGCUAACGGCGACGGCACCAUCGAUUUCCGGGAGUUUUUGUGCGCCCUUUCUGUCACCUCCAGGGGUAAACUUGAGCAGAAAUUGAAGUGGGCUUUCUCCAUGUACGACCUCGACGGCAACGGCUACAUCUCCAGGCAAGAGAUGCUGGAAAUUGUUACGGCAAUCUAUAAAAUGGUGGGAUCAGUAAUGAAAAUGCCUGAAGAUGAAAGUACCCCCGAGAAACGCACUGACAAAAUCUUCCGACAGAUGGAUCGCAAUAAAGACGGAAAAUUGAGCCUGGAAGAGUUCAUAGAAGGUGCUAAGAGCGACCCAUCCAUAGUGCGACUGUUACAGUGUGAUCCCCAGGCGCAAUAGUCGCCAUAAAUCAUACUCACCAAAAAAGUACAGACAUUUUUUUUUAAUUUAACGUUCUGUAAUUUAAACCGUAAAAGGUGUAGACUAGUGUUUGGCUUAUGACUUUCAACAACAAUAUGUGGCGAAACAAUUCGAUCAGGAAAUACAGAUCUGUGAUUGCUGAUUUUUGUCUCUGUUGAUUUGAAUGUCAAGCAAAAUGUAUGCUUCCUACCUCUUUAGUAUGAUUACAGUAUGAAUUUUAGAGCUAACAACAAUUAUCACGUUGGCUACAUUAUAGCCUGUAUUUCUAACAAAGAUAAAUCAAACUAACAUUUAAAAUUAAGGUAGUCGUUUAGGGUAGCCCACUCAAAGAAUUCAUCCUCUUAGUUAUCAUUCUCUCUAUUUUUUUAUCAUAUUUUGUUAAUAUCAGUUUUAUUUUAAUAAUAUGUUGAUAGGAUGAAAAAUAACUGAUUUUUUUUGACUUACUAAUAGUAGUAAAAUAUUUAUUUCAAAAUAUUUUAUGAAGAUUAAAGGAAGACUAUUUUUUUAUAAAAAAUAAAAUUGUUCUUUCAUUGAACAACCAAAAAGUAUUCAGAAUGUUUUAAGGUCUAUUUAACCACUACCAGUAGUGAUAAGUAUCCACUAUAAUGCUGAUCGUUUUAUAUACAUAAAACAUUGUCUGGGUCCCACUAAAUUUAUGGCGCUUAAAUGAUUGUGUAACAAAAUUUCAAAUGAAUAAAUUGUUGCCUACUUUCAUAAUUUAUGAGAAGGUAUUAAGCGGGUAUCUUUCUACCUAUGAGAAAUUGAAAUGUUUUAACCAAAAUGCUUAAGUGCCGCAAUAUUUAGUUCAAGAUAAGUCUGUUUAGAAUACAUACACAGUUAACGAUGAGCUAUAAUUACAUUAUUGCACUCAUCCAAGUUGUUAAAAAUAACUUUAGCUACCCUAUAAGAAAAUAAAAUUUUGUUUCAGAAUUUUUUUCUACAUGGUGCCAGUCUUUUUCAAUAUUAUUUGAUACCGUCAAAUUGGGUCAUUUGAGAUAAUUUUAAACUUUACACGUGUAUUAAAAAGAAACCGUUCAAGCUAGAUCAUCCAAAUCAACGCCCUAUUUUGGGUCUGUUACUAUAAUAUGAUACCUUCUACAUCAAACAAACAGAAAUGAAACACUUAAAUAUAUAUAAUUUCUUUUUUUGAUGUCUCAAGUUACCUCCUCAGGAGCGGUGACUUGACAGCCUAAAUUGUGUUGAAACUCAAGUAUGCCAAUGGUGUAUCAGACUUGAGUCAUGAAAAAUCAUUUUUAGAAAAUAUAUCGAGCAUUUUGAAAAAAUAGUGUUUUUUUUUAAGAAAAACUGAGUCUUUUAAUACUACUAUUUUAUUAUGUAACAAAAGUACAAAAGUUUUGAAAAAGAUAAACAAAAAACUUUUUUCGGUAAUCUAUCUGUAGAUAUAUAUAAAAACUAAAUAAAAAAGAAACUUUUCAAGGAACUGAAAAAUCUAACGACUAAAAGUUUAUCUGUCGCGAUGAAUAGAUACAGGAACUAACUUUGACAAUACUUGUGUUGCCUCGACAACUGUAAUGUCUUCAACCUCAGGAAAAAUAAAUAUUUUUUUAUAAUUUGCUGACUGGAGCAUAAAGCUGCACGUGAAUAAAAAAUUUGGCUUUGUUGCAGUUAUUUUUCCUAUAAACUUCUUUAAAAUGUUUAGUUUGUGUGAAACUUGGUAUGAAAAUUCCACCAAAACAAAGUCUCCGGUCUUUAGUUCUGCUGGAUUUACAUCAUCCUUGUCAGAAGAAUCUUUUAAAAGUCUUUUUUUUUCUCUUUGGAAGUUGAUGGUGCUGUGUUUACAUUCUGACUUAGAUUGGGUAAUUCUUCUUCAAUAUUUUCUUGGAUUGUAUCGCUAAUAUUUUUAUUGCUUUUUCUUAGAAAUAUUUUGAAAGCAUUGUCAAUUAUAUUAUUCCUUGAGUUUUUAGCUUCGAGAUUGGGUUGCACCCCUUUUUUUUAGCUUCCAAUUUAAAAGCGUAUCUCUCCAAACUCCUUUUAAAGCCAUAAAAUAAGCCACAUCCAAUGGUUGACAUAUGUGUGUACUAUUGGGAGGUAGUAAAAUAAUUCUUAUCUUAUAUUCUUUGCAUAAUUCUAUACUAGAACUGUCAAGAUAUCUCUAAUUAAGUAUCUCAUAUCUACUGAAGUUUUUUCACUUUACGCUUUAUAGUGUCCUUUGGUAUUCCAUAUUUUUGUAGUUUUCUUAAUGGAACAUCUUUUUCUCUUUCUUCCACUACUUUGUCGAAAUUUCCAAUAUCGUAUCUUCUGUAAUUGUCCCCAAUUUUACGUCUAUGGCAUUCCAUUUUCAGCACCUGCAAAAUAUCUUUUUUUAUACUGAGUGCCUUGGGGUGACUUGAAACAUAUCUCAUGUCACCAUCUUAUACGACGUAUUUGGAUUGUUUUGUGAAUAAAAAUACGUCUAUUUCUUUUACAGAAAUGCCACCAAUGUUAGCCAGAUAUAGAAACAGUAAAUAAAUGUAAAACAAUUGCGAUAUUGAACUUGGGUUACACUAAAUAAACAAAAUUUUACAUCAUAAUGUUGAAUAGAGUAAAUAUUACGUUGUUUAAAUAUCCUCAAAAACGUAGGUACUUCUCUAAACGAGGUAUGAACCACUACUAAAUUUGAGCAAAUACUUAUUAGGGCGGCGUUGUGGAAUUAUCACAAAAUAUGUAAAGUUUUGUGGCAAGUCACCAAGCAGUCUCAAGUGACCCGAUCUGACGGUAUAUAAUAUGUAAUAAUUAAAAAAAGUUGUUUGUUCUAAUUCUCUAAGCUGAUUUUAUACACUAAAGAAUUUAAAUUAUUUGUUAGUCUACUCCUUAGAUGGUUAUUGUUUAGUUGUGUACAUCAACCACUCUUGUGUGAUCGCGGGGUAAUUUGGCAAUGUCCCGGUUUUUGUCAUAUUUGUAGAUUUUUUAAUGAUGUUUAUAAAGAUUUUUACUGAAUCCUAAUAUCGAUUGUUAAGAAAGGGAAAGUACGACUCUGUUAACGAACGAAUAGUUAUCAGUCUGUACAUUUUUGAUUUUACAAAUUGCCGUUUAAAUUUUAUUAUAUUCAUCUAAAUACUGAAAAUUAACUUAUGUGAAUUGAAAGCCACUUGAUCAAUUUAGACUUUGAUAGUAAAAUAACAUUGAAUUUUCUAUUAUUUUAGUCGAUUUUGGUACUUAUACAGUCCAAAGUAAAAAAAAUAAAAAGUUAACAUACAGGUGGUGCAUAAAAUGAUGAGUUCGUUGAUAGUCAAAGUCCCUUUUUUGAUAGAGAAAUUGAAAUAAUUAGCUGAAGGGAUGUAUACCAGUAUUAUUGCUAUACAACGAACACAACAAUUUGAUAUAUUUUAUUGACAUCUGCAAAGUUGUGAUCAAAUGUUUUACUUACGUAAGAGUAAGUUGCAGGAUAUAUCUGAUCAUCAGUUAAAAGAAGAUAAUUGAUAUUACUCUAUCCAACUUGUUUGCCAGACAUUGAUUAACAAUUCAAUCACUCUGAAUUUAUUUUGCCAAACACGUUGGACUAGUGAAUCGAUUUUGGAAUUGAUUUUAUCUUAAUUAGCUUUCACAUAUUUGAUUUACAGUUUUAGAUCAUAUAAAACUAUAUCUCCAUAAUUAUAAAAAUAUAUUUAUACGUAGCGAACAUUUGUGUCAUCUAUUUACAAAUUCAGAUAUUUAUGCGAAUUUUCUUUGGAUGAUGUUAUAUGAAAUGAUUGAUAUAUAGAUUGAUAUUAGGGUAUUGAAACAUUCCAGUGACAACAUACUAAAUUUUUAAUUUUAGUAUUCCCGUAUUUGAAUCUCAUGCCUUACGUAGUUGGGAAAUUGAAUGUACUCUACAUAAAAUUAGUAGAUAUAUCUAUAGUCCUACAUUAGGACUUUUAUAUACAAAAAAUGUUAUGUAUGUUCUCUCUGUAAUGUUUUUUCAUGUGUAAUAUCAAUGUUGUGGAAGGAUAUUUUCUAAUAUUCAGUUGUUUCCUUUCCUGCUAUUUUCCAUGCUCUACUUUAAAGAAGUUUAGAUGUUUGAUAAGAUAAACUCAGUCAUGAACACGCAUUUGCCCUACUAUAUACUUUUAUAUUCCUCCAUGUACUAUUUUAAAAGCUGCAAUUACAAAAAGAUUAUAUCAAUCCUCAAAUAUAAAAAAUGGAAAAAUAAGAAAUAAUUUUUUGGAACUAUAUUCAUGCCCUAAUGAGGCAACAACCCUAAUAAUAAUUCUUUCUCAAGUAUUAUUGUUUUUAGGUAUUCUAUAAAAAUAUAAGAAAGUUUUUUUUAUCUAAAGGGUAUACUGAUUUACCAAAAUCUGUUUACAUAGUGAGCAAAUGCGGACAUCCACUUACAAUAAAAGAUAUAUGAAUUUGAACAUUAAUUCAAUAGGAAUUUCUUGGAAUUUCGGUCUUAUUGAUCGGUACUAUGAUGAUGAAGAUCUGGAACUAGGUUUAGUUAUUGAAACAGGCAAUUUCCAGGGCUUGACGGAUGAUCGGAAUAUUAAAGAGGUAAUUAAAAAAGUUCGCAAACGCAUUCUUCUCUUUAAACGAGCAUUAUUGGAAAAUGACACCAUUAUGCAAAAGUAUCUGAAACUAGAACAUAAAAAAGAGCUUGUUUAGUUGCUAAUCCCGUACAUUUUGAUGAAUCUGGUUUUUAACUCAUAAAUGAGUUGGUUAAUUUAUCGGUAAAAACGCUUUACCACUCUGAUGCCAAUUUGUGAUGCUAUUUUCAAGUUUUUGUUUACACAAACAAUAAGCGAAAAUUAUUCACGUUUGGCUUCUAAAUUGAAGACCCACUAGUUAGUCCGCAAUAAAGAUCUUCGGUAAGAAGUGAGUAGCAUAUUAAGCUACUUAAAAAUCCUCAUAUUGAGACUAUUGAAAGUGAUAAUUCGAAUGACGGUCUCAAAGAAUUGUUUUUAAGUCCAAGCAAACAACUUAUGAAAAAGCACAUUAUCAUCAGAUAAAUUCAACAAAAGCAUCUAAAAUAUCAAACAGGAAAUGAAUAUGAUUGCAGCAACUUACAUACGAGAUGAUAAUUUAGAGUAAACUUAUAAAUAUUUUAAAAUGAUUCUUCCGACUUCUAGUGAACCAGAACGUACUUUUCCAGCGUCUGAAUAUUUGUUAAAUCAGCUGAGGAGAUAACUUGGAGAUGAAACUUUAGAUGGAUCAUUAUUUCUAAGAUGUUAUUUUCGCAAUGCAAAGAAUUUCAACUACCAAAAGUUUCGCCAUAAGUGCCACGACACAUGUGGUACGUUAAGAGAUUUAAAGUUGGACAUUCUGUAUGCGAACGAUUUUUAAUUUUGAUUAAUUUUACAAAUAUUUACUUAAUUAUUUCAUUAAAAUAAAAAGAGAUUUUUAGUUCAUGUAAACCCGGGAUUACCUCGGGAUUGCGUGUAUGCAAUUUUGUAUUUCCGGGAUUAGAAAAAAGGUUCGGGAUCGAAUCCUCUACUUAUAUCAAACAUUAAUCAGUUACGAUGAUAUUCUACGUUUAUUGUUAUAAUACGUCUCAAAUUAUACCAUAAAGGUAUUAUAUCGUUUUGAAAAAAAGUUUAUGACACUUAGGAAUAUUCAUGUAGUCUUUAAUAACUAAAUUCCAAUCAAUCAGUGUAAAUACCAAUGAAAGGUUGCGAUAAAUAACUUAGCUGUUCCACUGAAUAACCACUCCAGAUUUUAAUUAUCUUUGUAACAGUUUGGAAAACCGCGAGGUAUAUGUCUACAAUGUUUAAACCAUAUUAAAUAGAAAAGUAUCGCCAUAAGUGCCCAAUUAAUCCACCUCUUUCUACAAAAUAAUGAUCAAAUCUAUUACGCAGAUCUUUUUAUUUAUUGGCAACUGUUUAGGUAUACCCAAUCAAAAAAAAACCUCGUUUUAAUUUGUUUAGAUUAUAGAUUAUAUAUAUAUAUAUAUAUAUAUAUAUAUAUAUAUAUAUAUAUAUAUAUAUAUAUAUAUAUAUAUAUAUAAUAGUUUCUGGAAUGUUCCUACUUUAAAGCAGCGGUAACAAUUUUUUCACUUAAUGUACCUAUAUAUCUUUAGAAUUUCAGUUUAUGUCACUUUAACAUAAAAAUUUAUUAAUGAUAGAAUGAGAACCAAAGACAAACCUCACUCACAUAUUACAACUAUACUCUCAUUAAAUAGAAACCUAUUGAAACAGUUAAUUUAUUAUAAUUAACCGCGAUGUUUUACCAAACUUAUACUACUAAAUUUUAAUCAGGUUUUCAAUACAGUAUGUACCGACCACGACCUAUUCAAGAUUUUGGUUACAUUUGAAGAACGAAAUAUCCUAGGGUCCUACAUUGUUUCUUAGAAAACUUCCAUUUAUAGGCUACUCUAAAAUUUUGAUUUACAACACAUCUAUGUUCACUGUACUCAUGUUUGAGAAAUAUCUAUAUUUUUAGCAUAUUCUACUUUUGCCGCCUCAUUCAACCAGCUUUUAUUAUUUUGAUAAGAAGUGAUUACAAUUGAGUAAUUUUGAACCAUACUAUUUUUAUUCACUUAAAUAUUUGGAGAUAAUCUGAAUCAUAUGUUCAAUAUUAAAUAUUUGACGAUUUAUUUUCCUAGUAAAUUCUUGUUUCAUCAUUAUAUAUUCAUGAAUUUUUCCAACUUUUCCAAUACCUAUAUAGAAGUUUAUCUUAUCAAUUGUCUGUUUUAUCAAGGAAUGUAUAUGUAUUUGAAAGUGUGAUUAAUUGAAAAUUAUCAAUAAUUACACACCAUUACUUAUGAUUAUUUGAUGAUAUAGUGAUCGGAUCUGAAAUUAAAUUUCUUUAUGUUUAACUGUUGAUAUCAAUAGUUACUUUCGUCGGUAUAAAAUAAUACACAGCUCUUGCCAGUACCUAUGUAACUAAAAGAAAUAUGCGAAAUCAAUUGUUUUGCUUAAAUCCAACAAGAACAGAUAUAACAGAAAUUAUACAAUCCACAUUCAAAAUUUAAAUUAAAUCUUUUGUCAUUUAUCGAAACACUGAAACAUACCACAACUCUAACACUCACUCGUUUUUGAUAACCAAAUGAUUGUAUUCAGAGAAUUCACCUUUGGUCUUUGAACACGAUAACUCAGUUAAAUUCGCGUCAGAUAGUGUACUAUCUGUUGUGACUAUUGAUGUAGUAAUAAUAGUGAAUAUCACCAAUGAUUACUAAAAUUUCAAUGUAAAAUUUAUGAAAAUCCUGAUAACAAUAAUUUUUUUGUCAUUUAUAGCAGUUGGGGUAGCACUUGCCAUUGCAGCGCUGGAAAUUUUUUUUGCGUACAUUAUUUUUGAAUAUUUACUUUUUUAUCGGACUUGAGUUACAUUAUUGGUAAUCACCGAUAAAUGUCUUUUAUUUCUUAAUAUAAUAUCGACCAAAUGUAAUCAAACUCACUUAACAUAUACAUCACUGAUGUUCAAAAAAUUAACAGCUCAAAUUAAUUGCAUUGCAUUAUCAUUUGUAUUAUUAGUAAUUCUGCAGGAAAUAGUAUAUAUUGUAUAUAUAUAUAUAUAUAUAUAUAUAUAUAUAUAUAUAUAUAUAUAUAUAUAUAUAUAUAUAUAUUUAAAGUUUUGUUUAUAUCUAUAUGAAGAAAAACAAAAUUGAAAAUUAUAAUGCAUAAAACAGUAUCUUCUACAACAUUGAAUUCGGCAUAUUAAAAACAUGACUUUUGGUAUUCAGUAAAGAAUCACACAUCUAGUGAUUUAUAUUUUAUAAAAAGCCGCGGAUUGUUAGCUCAUCCUCGCAUAGUUUUAGUAACAUAAUAUUAAAACUUUAAAUUAAAUUUAGUAUUAUAAGCAGAACAUUUUGAGCAUAACGUUUCCUGAAGAGUAUAGGUUGAAUUCGUUCAUGGAGUUUAACAUUGUAAUGUACUUACUGUACUCGGUAGCAGUACUAAUUUAGUGUUGGUAUUCACUGCAAUUAAAACUCUGACCAAGUUUUUUAGUUCUAAUGUUUCAAACAAUUUCAAAGGUGUACUUCAAUUUCAUAGAUUUAUAAAUAUAAAUUUUCUGUUGGUGGUUGUAUACAAUAUCAGAAACUGUUAAUUCAGAUGGUAACAAACAUAAAAUAAGAAAUGUAGUAAGCUUCUAGAAUUCCAAGACAAAUUGUUUAAAAUUUUUGAGAUUUAAUGCAAAUAGAAAUCUUUCUAUUUAUAAUAUAAUAAUUCUAAGAAAUUCGACGAUGGCAUACCUUGUUUUGGAAUUCUAAACGUUUACUCCAUAUAUAUUAAUCGUUAACUUGUUGAAGUAAACCUUCACAUUAUCGGCUGACUUUCGAGUACACAUAUCAAAAUUGCGUAUAGUGAUGUCUCACACUAGCAUUGACUGUUGAAUGUGUUAUUUUUAUGUAGUAAGCAGGAGGCUGGUGAAGAGGAUACAUCAUUUUCUUUUUGCUUUCAGGAUAGCGUACUUAUGGAUAAUGGUCCUGCCCAUAGUUUAAUAGAAAAUUAAUUGAAAAGUAUUAUAAAAAUUAAACGUCUAAUUAUGCUUGUAGGCAGUAAAAAGCGACCAAUAGUAACAUUUAAUUGAAAAAUAAGUUCUGGAAAUGGUUAUACCACUAUAUAUUUACUUUUAGCCCAUGGGUCUUGGACAUGAAUUAUUAUGUGCCUCUGGUAAAAGCACCAACUAACUUUGGAAAGAUGUUAACAUAAUUUCAAAAUAUUUUUUGUGAUUCAGUUUCACUUUUUAAUAAAUAGAUUAAGACAACCACCAACAGAUUUAGAAGAUUAUAAAAUUAUAAAAUGUAUGGAAAUGAUUACAUGUGGCUAAUAAAAACUGCAAACUAGUUAUAUAGAUGUUCAAGUAAAUUGAAUCAAUGAUGCUAGAGACGUCGCCUCGGUGGAUUUCUUUUUUUUUUUUCUCUUUCAACUACUUAGACGUCCUCAGUAUGCAAAUAUAUUAAUAGUUUUUGAAAAUAGCUCUGCUCUUAUACCUGUUUGUGUGAAUUUAAUAAAUCAAUGUUUAGUAACAGACCAAAUCCAAAUUAAUGAUACGUAUCUAAGGAGUUUAUUAUCAAAGAGACAGGAUAAUAUGUCACUUAUUUUUUAUGGAACUAUUAAAAUAGUUGUUAUAAUGAGUUAAUAAUUAUCAAGAUAACAAGUUGUAUUUGUUUAUGAUAUUAAAAGAAAUAUUGAUAUAGUAGUUGAUUACCGUAAAGUGGGGCAACUUUGCAUAAAAUGUUUUUUUAAUAUCUAUGAUUCUGCGGGGAAUUAUAAAGACCGCUUUAACUAUAUGAAAAUUUGAUACUUUGGCUACAUAGUUUUGUAAUUAGAUAGCAUAAAAAAAUUGGAACCAAAUAUUUUAAAAGUUUAAAAAGUUGGCAAAGUUACCUCGACUUUGGGGUUACUUUGCAGACUAGCAUUUUUGCACGUUUUUAAGCGUAUAGGCCAAGUUAACAGUCUCAAAGGGUUACUUGCCCUCCUUUAAAGUGUUUCAAAAAUAUUUUAAUAAACAUAAUUCAUUAUUACAUUAAAAAUGUAUAUUUCUAAGAAAAUAAAGGAACAUUUACCUUUUUGCAAGUCAACAAACAACUCUUAUAAAUUAAUAACUCUUUUGUAAAAUGAUAAUGACUCUUUGGUAACAAAAUGAUAAGAACAUAAUUCUUAACUAGUAAGUCACAAAAGAAACUUAACGAAGGCUUUAAAAUAAAUAUUUAAAUUUUUACGAAACAAAAAACUAAAACAAGUUAUAUUUGGAAAAAUCAAAAUUUUCGAAUGUGAAAAUUUGUCUUGAUGUCGAUGCAAGUUUUUGAGAUUCUAAAAUAGUCACAAUAUCGUGUGCAAGAAUGAGACCUGUGUCAUCGAUAUUUGGAAAACAAAAAUUGUUCUGUCAUUUUAGUCUUAGGCUCGUCAAUGCGAUCAUCAGUGUUGUGGAAGUCAUUGACUUCAUCUAAUUCUAAAUUAUCCUCAGAUUCACUUUCUAUGGUCCAGUCAUAUUCUUCAGUUUCUGGAAUUCCUGCCACGUUUCUUUCUAAAUAAUAAGUAAUUGUUCAUUUCCUCAUCUGUUUUCUCAGCUCUUGCUUUUUCAAUAUAUUGGCACUGUCUGUCUGAUAAUUCUAUGAAUAAAAUUCUUGCACCAGUCUACACGGGGAAAAUUGUCUUUGAACUCUUUUAGGCGGACACCUUCUUUGUCUAAAUGACUCUUCAACACUACUCUCACUACACACAACACUAUUAUAACGUCGACAAAGGAUCGAUUAGCUAAGGUGCUCCAACAGGACCUUCAUGUUUUCUUUUAACUUUAUUUACAAGAGUUAUUCUAGGAAUAUUGAAGGCUUUGGAUGCUUCUGUAUAUCCCAUUUGAUUACUUUUAAUCAAUAGAACAGUUCUACGCAACUGUUAUUCGGUAAUAAUGUUUCUAACGCCGAUUUGUCUUUUAUACGCUCGAACCAUUUUCUAAAAAACACAAUGUGGGGCAACUUUACCAACUGCAAAAAUUAUUGGAAAUUCAGCAUCCGCAAAACUGUUAACAUCAGAAAUAGAACUCACAUAUACACAGGAACAGAUGAUGUUAAAACCAGAAAUCAAGAAUUAUUAGCAACAACCUCAGCAUAGCAACAUGGUUAAAAAUAAAAUUUUUACUCACGUGAAUUUUUAUAUAUGAAAGCUUCUUCGCCGAGCUCCGGACUUGUACUGCCUAAGACCAGUAAGACCUGUGAUCGCGUAGUAUUUUUUCACCAACUGCAUUAGAGCAGCAUAGCCAAAUUUACAGAAAAUAAUUUUAAGUUUUUCAAGCAAUGUUGCCCCGGCUGGCAAAGUAUCUCCAGGGUACUUGAUAUUAAAUAUUUUUGUGAAAAUUUCGAAACGAGAGGUCAUUUGCUAUGGUCAUUGAGUCAGACGUGGAUUCAAUGUUAUAAAUUGAUUUUACCUUCAGUGAUAAAUGACUGAAUGUGCUUCUAAAAUAUUCAAUGCAGUAAGCUUUUAUAAUUUUUGUUUUUGUGUACUGAACCAAACCGUAUAGGAAUUAUUUAAACUAGAUAGUUAGUUUUACUACAAACUAGAAUUAAAUUAUACACAUAUAGUAUUGAAAUAAAAUAUCAUAGCUUAGAUAUGAGGUUUACAUAUCUACCAGAAAUCUAGACCUUAUUCAAAUAUUUUUAAUUUAUUAAAUUUCGCGAACUCAUUUAACCAUACUCUUCCUUUAGAUUUGUGUGUUGGGAGAAAUGACACUAUCAAAAACUCUAACAUUAUAUCAGGUCUCUAAAAAAAUAGUCUGUAAUGUUACUAUUGGUCUCUCCCGACACGCAAUACUAUUUAAUAUAAAUUUACCUUUUGCUGAUCUAUUGAAAUCAUAUUACCUUUAUCUCUCUAUAUAUAUUAUUGUAACCAGAAUAAUCCUAUUCUAGUAUCACUUGAAUGUUACUGUUUUUCAAAGAUUUUAAUGUGAUUUGAGGAAAGUUUACACAAUAUGAAGAUCCAGGAACGGUUCUGUAAUUAAAAAUAAUUAAUUUAAAUAUAUUCUUAAUUAAAUAAUCAAAAAAUAAAAGUAAACUAAAUAAUAAAGUCAUGUCAAACUGCCCUGGUUUUUAAUAGACAGAACCGCUUUCAACCUUCAUAACUACACUAUGUGUAAAUAGUCUAUAUUAAACUCGUUUUUUCUUAAAAUAGAUGUAUCGAUGGUAAAAGGUGCUUAUGUGCAAGAAUAGAGCGGUACAAGUUGCUUCUUACAACACACAUAAACUAUUCACAACUCAGUUUAGAAAAAUAUAAUAUUGUAAUCGUGGAAUUUGGAAGUGCUUGCCAUAUUUUUAAAAAGUAAUCAUCACUUAUUGAUGCUAUACAGAAGAUUAUAUAUUACUGUACUUGGUAGGCAAAGACAUAUCGCAUUUUCAUAUAUUAUUCUAGCAGAUCUUUUUCAUUAGCUUAUUUGUUAUGCGACUAGAUAUUGUAUAAAAAAUCUAUUGUUAAUAACUAUUGCAGUGCGCAAUCAUUUAUUCUAUUCUUUGAAUAGUCAAUUUAUAUACUCUUAUUACUACAACUAUGAGAUAUUUUACAAUGAAAAACAUCGAAAUAUUUGAAUUUUGAUUAAAACAUUCGCAUUACGUAUUAUUAGCAUUCCUUUUUUAAAAAAAAUCUGUUUCACUACUAUAUGUACACACUGUUUACUACCACUAACCAAUCUUCAGGCAAACCGUGCACGUGUGAGGUGACGCAGCACAGCACUUAGGAACACGGAGCUCGACCUUUACCUACCUACUCCACGUUCAGAAUUAGUUAAUAGCUCAAUAUUUUACAACGCAAAAAAAUGCACAAUCACUUGCCAAUUGAAAUCAAAUCGAUAUCAUCUUUUCCCGCAUUCUGCAAUAAUUUGAGGGCAUAUUUACUGGAAAGUGCCUUCUACUCAGUAAACGGCUUCUAUUCCAAUAAUAUUUAAAUCCGGGCAUGCUGCAUAUUGGUUUAAUUUUUGCUGUGGACUUAUAUAUGACUUAUAUACUAAUUUUGUUACUCAUUGUGGAUUUCUUUUAAUGUUUGGUUUUCAGUUUUUUACAAGCUUUUCUUUACAAAUUUUAUAAAUUUUUUGACAAUAAAGCAUUUCUCUCUCCUCUCUAUAUCUUAUAUAAGACGAAACUGAAGAAUCGGAUUUGGGGUGAUAUGGCAAACGUCGUGAUUGGCUUCUGUGCAUUACAUCCAUGUGACUAGAUGUCGUGUAGUCGGAUCAUCACAUGUACUUCAGCAAACUAGUUUCAAUUCAUUCGGGAAUAAUUAGCAAAAUUAUGAUCACGCAUUUUGGUUGUAAUUCAAAAUUAUUCACUUUUUUUCUAUUCGAUAAAAUAUAUAUGUGAGACAUUUUUUGAUGCCAGCUAGUCGCAAACUGCCAAUUAGAUCCAAACUCCACUGUUUCCGAUUUGAAAACGAGUGUCUCAGUAUGCGGAUCACCACGCAGCACGUGUAGCAUGUACGAGUUGUGUCACGCUACCUCACACGUGCUAUACGUGUCCCAAUUUGCAGUUAUACGAAAGGUAAAUAUAUAGUUUACCUUGCCUCUAAAGACAAUAAUUUAGUUAUCGGAAUGCGCCUCAAACAGUGUAGUUGUUAAUUUUUUAUUAUUAAACAAUGUUUUCAUUUUAAAUAUCACAAGCAGUAACAAAAAUUCCAACUAAGUUCUGUAGUGCUCAGAAAUAUUCAUUCAAACGUGAGUUUGAAUAAUCUUGUUCAUAAUGAAGUGUUUUAAAGUACAAAAUAGUAGUCUAAAUUUCAGAUUCAUAGUAUUGUUAGAUAAAUAUUUGAUGACCACGAUUAUUGAUUCAAUAAAGAAAAACGAAACUAAUAAAAACAAUAAUUUCUAUUAAGGUAAGAAACUCACUCUUAUAAAUCCAAUUUAUUGCAUUUCUAGAAUAUUUAACAGUAGCUGUACUUUUUUAAUAUUAAUGUAUGAACUGUGCUAAUUUUAAUUAAUAUUCUGCUCUAACUAUUGUUGUUUGUAUUCAUAACUUUUACUCUGAACCAAUGUUUCAUUUUUCUAAUUCGCCAUUCAAUAUUUUAUUAGGAAUAUCCAGGAAAGUUUCAUUAAACGUCAUAAAAGUUUUUGCAAAUGUAGAAAAUGUAUGCUUUUGAACAUUUUCCUGCUUUCUCAACCAAUCGUAACGUGUUUUUUAAACUUAUUAAUAAUCAAUGGCCCAUUCUGUCGGUCCAUUCUUAUAAUAUUUUGAGAUCUCAAAACAAAUAUUUUUGUUGUAUUCUAUUUUGUUGUAUGUGUAUUAACUUGAAAAUCGUAGCAUAUUUCCAAAAUAUUUCAAACAGAUAUAAAUUAUCUUUGAAUCUAACACAAUUUUAUAACCCUUUUUUGAAAUAGGUUCACAAGAAAUAAUAAUUAGCUCCGUAUUUUUAUUUUUACUUCAAACGUCUUAAUUAUCCAAAGGCCUGCAUUGAGCGCACAUUUUAUAUUGGAGGGUGCAUCGAGCGUACAUUUGCAUAUGUAAAAACAGUAUCUUCUAUCCCUAACCUAACCUAUAAUUUUUUAAUUAUUUUGUACCUAAUACCAAAAAUGCACUCAUUCUGAGAAAAAAUAAUUUUUUCUAUCAAUUUUUGUUCAAUAUUUUAUAUAAUAUGAUAAUAAUUAUCCAAAAGCUCGUAUUUUUGCCCAUCUCCACUAGAUGCACGAAAUGUUUUCUAAAUGUGCCUAUGCGCUCGAUACACGCGCUCUCCUCGCACCCCACCCAAUUAUCCAUACACUAUGGAAGUACAUAUAUAAUUUUUCAUAUAAUAAGACUAUUUUAUUCAUACUUUGAGUAAUUUUAUUUCAUUUGUUGAUUCGAAUCUGUUUUUAAAAGAUUCUCAAAUGAAUUUUGUUUCAGAUGUUUGGGUCAUAUAUUAUAUAUGAUAGUAAUUCCUGGCUAUUAUAUAAAAUUAAGAAAUUUCACCAAAACCCUAUUUAAGUCCUCGCAAUUUAAUAUUAAGCUACCUUCUAACAAAAUAUCCUACAUAAUUUUUUUGCCAUUCAAUUCCUCUGGUGUAUAAUAAAUUUUUAGUAUACAGGAUAUUUCAAAUCAUUGUUUCCAUUGGCUAAAAAUUGAGAUUUUACUUACCUCAAGAUUUCUAGGAAAUUGAGGGUCCAAGUACACUGAAAUGAAGUGCUUGAAAUUGAGUUUCAAAGAGAUGAACCUUGGUGCAUGAAAUUUAAUUAAAUAUUUUCCAUUUAAACGUUGCGUCUUCUAAUUGUAGAUAAUGUGGUACUUGUUUUUUCUUUUGAUUCUUCAGUCCGUUUCAGUAGCUCUGAAUUGAUAGAUGUAUUAUUAAUAAUAAGUUUGAGGAGUGGCAGAAAUGUAGUUAUACUUUUUCUUUACCAAAGUUUUAUUUAAAUUUUUUGAUCCCUUUCAAAGAAAUCUUAAGAAACUAUUCAUCACACCAACGUUGUCCCAACUUUUGGUAGCAGCACUAGAAGUCUGAACUGAUACGGCUUUUAAUCGGUCGGUCACAGUUUUUUUAAAUAUUCGUAGAGGAUCUAAAAUGAUUUCCUUUCAAGACAUGUUCCAAUUUUAGCAAAAAAAGUUACAAGGAUUCAAAUCAGAAUUGUUACUCACUAGUACUCUUCUUAAUAAGAUAAUGCAUUUCUUCUAUUGCCCUUCUAUUCAGUUAUGAGGUUUUCAGCAUCAUUUUGACACAAAACUUUCGCAUGUCUAAAUCGUCUGUCAACAUUUGAUGUACGAUGAAAGAAUUUGAAUUUAACAGUUCACUCCUCACUCUAGUUGUUAAACGUCUGAUGUUUUUGACAGUUCUUGAAAUUGAAGGUUUGAUACCUUCCAAAAAUGAUUUGUGUUAGCGGAAAACUUGUGCUCUUGAUAAACAAAUUUCCCAAUAUGUCUGUUUCAACUUUCAAAGUGUCUUUAUUACAUAAUCUCUCGGCAUCAUUUUUGUAGCAUACAAAAAAACACAACUUCACUCAUGGUAUAAAUAUUGUUGAAACUCGGAUUGACGAAGUGGAAGGUAUUACCAAACGAUGCCGGUGUCAAUACUCUUCUGCCAUACCUCGUAUAUUGUUUAUUAAUAAUAGUUUAGCUAAUGAAAACAGACAUUAAAUUUAGAAUCUGUGUAGUAACCUGAAUUGAAUUAAUUUUGCAACUAUAUUUUUAAAUAAGAGAAUUACCAGGUUGUAUUCACACGGAAAUUGAAUUUUGCAUAAAAAAAAUUAUAUAUAUAUAUAUAUAUAUAUAUAUAUAUAUAUAUAUAUAUAUAUAUAUAUAUAUAUAUAUAUAUAUAUAUAUAUAUAUAUAUAUAAGUGAAGCUCUAGAAUUGUGUCGAAAUUCAGUUGAUUUGUUUUUGUUCUUUUAAAUGAUAAUACUACUUUCUGCCAUUUUAUAAUGUUCUCAGUUUCAGUGCCUUGUAAUGUUACUUUGAAACUGCCUUAAAGCCUAUUAUUACUUAUUUCUUCUGUAUAUUUCUUGCCUUUUAAAUAGAAGCAUGUUUGUGAGCACUCUAUAAUUCGUACAACUGAAAUAAAUUCCAAAUUUUUUAAAGAAUUUUUUUACUACGUUUCUGUUAUGACAUUGAAAUUAUCUCUUGGUUUAAUCAGUCUUAAGCUCCUAAAUAGUUGACGGUAAUCAUAUGAGAAAACUUGCAUUUAAAGUAUAAAACCAUUUAUUGUAAGAGUGAUUAGACUAUGGAAAUAGAUUAGUUUGAUUACAUAAUUUGUAUUUUAUCUUUUAUAUGCUUAAAUACGUCUUUUAAAAAAGUCUCAAUUUAUUCUUACUAAUACUCAUUGUUUUGUUUCAUCGUGGAUACUUUGUUAAAAUAUAUUUUGACUUUUAAUCUCUUCUUACAACGCAAAAAGGGGCCUAACAACUUAUAGAAUGCGAAAAAUGCAAUAGAUCUAGUCGUUUCUAUUGAUAAGUUUUAUCAAAACUAGUUUUUUUAUUACAGGCCAUCUAAUUCGGCCUUAGGCACCAAAAAGUGUAGGUGAAAGCACACGCCGAAAAUGUCUCGAUCUUCCCUAUGUCUUGCGUAAAUGUUGUUUUCAUUACCAGAAUGAACUUUCUCGUCUAUUACAUGUAUUACCAAAAUAAAAUUUGCUGAUGCAUCAAUCAAAUGUU